GCUGGCCUCUGACCUCCUUCAUAGUGUACGCAGGUCGUACUUCGCAGAAGAUCCUUCAAGUGUCCCUAAGCUCGAUUAAUCUAUCUGCUUCUGUUCUCUUAAAGAUGCUCUCUUCGUUGACUCUUUCCGUAACGCUCUGCUUGUUCGCUCUUGUGUCUGCCCGUCCCGUUAUUCCUCGUGCCACUGACUUUACCGGUGGUACUGGCCAAGGAACUUACUACGAUACUGGCCUGACCUCCUGUGGGAAAACAUACACGGACUCUGACCUUAUCGUUGCUCUAUCGCAUUUUUUCUAUGAUACUUACCCUGGAGCAACAGCUAAUCCAAACAACAACCCGGUUUGCGGGAAAAAGCUCACCGCUCAUUAUCAAGGGAAGUCCGUAACCGUAACCGUUGCGGAUAGAUGCACCGGUUGUGCGAUGUAUGAUCUGGAUUUCACGCCUACCGGAUUUGAAGCACUAUCAGAUUUAUCGGUGGGACGUAUCUCUGGUGUUACAUGGACGUUCGACGAUUCCGCAUCUGAACCAGCAGUUUCUGGAAAUGGUACGACCCCGGACCCCGACUCCGAUAGUUCUUCUGGCACCAGCACCAAUUCGACGUCGACGACGGGGAAUCCCGAUUCGUCCUCUGGGGAUACUGCAGAUAGUACUGAUCUAGAUUCAUCUUCGGCAGUUAAUAUAACGACUCAACCGGGCACUACGGUCAACACUACUACCACCUCAUCCGAUAUUGGAUCAGCCCCUCCUAGCACUAAGCGCAGGAUAUGGGCAAGAGAAACAAGUUUGGUAUUCUAAACACCCUACACUGAGAUAGAAUACGUUGGUAUAAGGUAGAAGAAGUAGAAGAAGAUACCUAGAUUGAGAAACAACUUAUCCAUGUAUGCAAAAGAAAUGCAGUUCUACGUAAGUAUAUUGACGCAACAGUGAAAGUAUCCAAAGCCUUCGAGAGGCUGAUCCAAAAUUAUAAUUACAAGAUGUUGAAAGUCCUUGUCGUACGCAUUCUACCGCAAGAAAAGGUGACCUCCUUGAACCAUGCCGUGUAAUAAAUCU